GCCGGCUGCGGACGCCGCCAUGUUCGUCGCCUGCUCUCUGACGCAGUCGGUGGGGCGCGGCGGCGCCUGGAGACGACGUGUCUUCCGACCCGCUCGCUCGGUGGAGGCUGGAAGUGAUGGGGAGAGUAUUGGAAACUGUCCCUUUUGCCAACGCCUUUUUAUGAUCCUCUGGCUUAAAGGAGUUAAAUUCAAUGUGACUACUGUUGACAUGACCAGAAAGCCUGAAGAGCUGAAGGACUUAGCCCCAGGUACCAAUCCUCCCUUUCUGGUGUAUAACAAGGAGUUGAAAACAGACUUCAUUAAAAUUGAGGAGUUUCUAGAGCAGACACUGGCUCCUCCAAGGUAUCCACACCUGAGUCCCAAGAACAAGGAGUCCUUUGAUGUGGGCUGUAACCUCUUUGCCAAGUUUUCUGCAUACAUUAAGAAUACUCAAAAAGAAGCAAAUAAGCAUUUUGAAAAAUCUCUGCUCAGAGAAUUUAAACGUCUGGAUGACUACUUAAACACUCCGCUUCUGGAUGAAAUUGAUCCAGACAGUCCUGAGGAACUCACAGUUUCCAGAAGAUUGUUCUUGGACGGGGAUCAGCUGACACUGGCUGACUGCAGCUUGUUACCCAAACUGAACAUUAUUAAAGUUGCAGCCAAGAAAUACCGUGACUUUGACAUUCCAGCAGAAUUCUCAGGAGUCUGGCGCUAUCUUCACAAUGCCUAUGCCCGUGAAGAAUUUAUCCACACAUGUCCAGAAGACAAAGAAAUUGAAAAUACCUAUGCAAGUGUGGCUAAACAGAAGAGUUAGGACUUUUUUAGUAGAAAGGCUCUCUUUUCACUUAUCUUAUUAUAAAGGUUUUUGAAAAUAAGAAUAUGGAAAAUACUGUUUCCUCUACUCAACUCUCAUGAAAAGAAUGCCGUAUUUUCUGUAUCUAGUCAGUCCAAACUAUCUUUUCACUGUGUAUUUUAAAGUUCCUUAUAUAUUCACUUAAUUUUCUUUAUUCCCAUGGCAUAACUACUGCAAUCUUAAAUCACAUGGAAAGUAUCAUGAUCUUUUGCUAUUUAAUUGAAUUAUUAGAAUGCAUCAUGUGUAAGCUCAACAGAUGGCUGAAGUUACAAAUGACAUAAAUAGAGCCACAUUCUUAAACUGCUCCUUAGAAACACUUCUGUUUAAAUCAUUAAAGCAAUUUUACAUUUUUGUUAGUUUAA